UGUCGUCACGCUGCAGACUGAUAGCAUCCUCUGAUUCCACUAGCUGUUUGAAUCAGAUACAUGUGAUUUUACGUGUGUAUCUCUCUAUGCUAAAAAGCUACCCAGAGCCCGCUAGCUAGCCUACUCUAAGUUUUUUAUUAGCGUAUAGUUUAUUUUGUAUUAUUUCUUAAUAUUGGCUGGCUGAAUGGCAGACUUUGAGAAGGCAUCCAGAACACAUGGAGUUGGAGUCUUCUUAGAGCUGAGGAAAAGGCUCCAGAGUGGACUGCUUAUCGUCGGGAAAGAUGUGGCCAGAAGUCCUGCAGACGUGGUGGUGUCGGGUGAAUAUUCUUCUCUCCUCGUGUUCACUCCCAGAGGCGAGCUGAGCCUCACUCUGCCUGCAGGCGUCACCUUAGAGCCAGGAUCCUGCUUCCCAACACCCGCGGGAGAAUCCUGCGGAGAGGAGCUGCAUUUCAGGCUGCGCAUCAAUGUCAAGCCGAGCACGGAGGAAGAGGCUUCUGACAACGUGAUGGAGACACUCCGGGCCAAAGAGACUUAUUGCUUCCACUGCCAGGGCUGCAUGACCAGGCUGCUGGAGGACAGAGUGUUCAAGCGAGUUCUUCCUCUCCCUAACGGCAACUGGAACUCCAUCGUGGACGACUGGUGCUGCCACCCCGACCCCUUCGCUAAGAAGCUGCUGCCCCGAGCCGAGGACUGUCUGCUGGGAGACACCUUCCUCCUCCUCGCCAGAGACAGCAGCUGUGAACACACCCUCACUGUGGAAGAGGCACCUGUUGACUCAGAGGACGGGCAAGAUUCAAAGAAGACAUGCCGCCGAGUGGCACUGGUCUCCUGCAAGAGCUGCUCAUCAGUGCUGGGAGAGGCUGUAGCACCAGAGACGGUGAAACUGUACAUCACACAGGUGGUGGUGGAGCGAGCAGAGGGAGACAGAGAGCCAGAAACUUCACUUAACAGGUCGCUGUUCCUGGAGAAGACCAUCGCAGCCCGGCUGUUGGGGCUGUCCUCCUCGAUGAGCACCUUCCACUUCUCCGUUCAGACUCCUGAUGGAAAAACCUUCUUAUUGCUCUGGCUCCUGAACAGCGACUCCAUCACAGCGUCGGUCCCGGAGACGUGUGUGGGGGGGGAGAGCUCUGUUGAAUCCCUCUCUCCUCACAGUCCAUCACCUACAGCUGCCACAGUCCUGAAACUCCUCUACACCUCCUGCUCCGACACAAGCACCCAGCACAGAGACAUUGCAGAUAGUUGGGAGGCCAACGCCAUUGGACAUGCUGUGGUGCUGCCGCUGAAGGUGUGUGAGGAGCUGCUGCAAGUGAUAGAGGACAGCAACUCUAUACUUCCUGCGUCGAUGCGUCGCAUGAGGUCCUAUGAGGUGGCAUACCUGAGACUGUGAUGUCAAAGGGCAAAUGACAGGAGGUCAAGAAUCUACUCCUCACUCUUGGAGACUUCAAAAGGACUUUGAAGGCAGCUGAGAGAGGAACUUCUGUGAACAUGUACUGUAAUGUCUGCAUAUGUCAAAGUGACAUUCUGCACAGCUUUCCAGAAAGUAUGAGAAAACGAUUACUACAGAAGUACAUGCAGCGAGAGUAGCUUGUGUAGUCAAGUCAAGCUGUGGUUUCUGGCUGCUUCCAUCAACAUGGUAGUGUGUCAUCAACUGCAAACGGAUUCAUGUUGAAACAGGCUUCUUAAUGUUCACCCAUAUCCAGUAAUUGCUAAACCAGCAGGGAAUUACAUCAUCAAAAUAGUUUUCCAUAGAAUAUAUAAUUAUAUCUCUGUGUAGUUUAUAAUGUUUAUUCCGGAUGUAUCAUAGUGGCUGUAUGUGUUUGUCCAUUCAUAAGCUUUUUUCUUUUUUUUCUUACCAUUCUCAACUAAACAGAUUAAACUGUAUUUUCUUUAAAAUAA